AAAGCAUCCUGAUUGGUUAAUAACUUAGACUGGUUAAUAAUUAAAUCAAACAGUGUUUCAAUAUCAGGUGCUGCAAAGAGCCGCAGGAGACACAUUGAAGAGCCACUUGCGCUGGCAAGCUGCAGUCUGCGUAUCACUGAUUUAGAGAAAGGGAAAACGAUGAACUAAGAGAGAGCAAAUGGAAAAUCCCCAGGAGAGAGCACGGUGUGUGUUCCCCACUUUAACAUGCUACAUGGCAACUGCACACAAACCAGCUCGUAGGAAUUUAAAGAUGCUGCACAAGUGACAGAGCUGUGAACAGCCCGGCUGAGACUGGUAAUUCCUGAUCAUCUCUGGGGCUGGAGUUCCUGAUCCUUAGUCCUCCAUCAUUCCCAGUUCACACAUAGGGACUUACUGAAGGGGACCAGCUGAGAUCGGCGCACUGUUCCUUCUCUCCGCCUCUCCAUGGCAAACAAUGGUCCUGACCUGCCCUUUUCUGUCACCAGAUGAAUAUGUUCCCGGCUACAUCCAGUUCCGCGUGUUUAAUGCUGAGAAGGCGCCCAUGGCUCUGUGUGCUGGGCUGAAAGUCACCGGCUGUAACACCGAGCAUUACUGCAUAGGUGGAGGAGGGUUCUUCCCAGAAGGGAACCCAAUUCAGUGCGGCGAUUUCCCUGCCUUUGACUGGAAUGGCUACGGAACCCAUCAGCACUGGAGCGUAUCCAAGGAGAUGAUUGAAUCCGCAGUGCUGCUGUUCUACCGCUGAGUCCGGAAAGGCUGGUGUGACCCAGUGAACGACGCUGCUUCGCUCCAGCCACAGCUGCUCCCUGGGAGGAGAAUUAUGGCCUCAGCUGUGGUCAUCUGUGAUUCAAAUAAAGAAAGUGA